GGCGUUAGUUGCCUGGCUGCCGUCAGUGCGGCGGGGGCCUCCUCUCAUUUUCCAAUCGAUCGUGGUGGGCCCGGAACUAUAAAUGGAUCCACAUCGCGGCGUAGAAGGCCCGCCAUCUUUCCCUCCUUCCACUGGGCUUAAUUUUUCAACACUUUUUCGUCUAGAUCGUGAGCGAGGCCGCUGGACACACGAGGCGGGGGCGUGAGGUCGCGCCUGGCUGAGCCGAGCACCAGACCAGCGGGACGAGAGCCGCCGCGGACCUUCGCCCCGACCAUUGCUGCCUCUGACCGGCGCCGGACUCCCGCACUCGUCGGGGCAGCCACCCGGGGCAGACACAGGCGUGCUUCAGGCUUCGGGACUCUCGGUGUAGCUUUGCAUCGCAGACGACUGGGAGGACUGACAGGAACAUGGAGGUGGUGAUGGGCCGAUGCUUCCCGCUGACGGGGCCGGGCCACCACCUCGCUGCAGACUUCGCCGUGAAGGGAGUUGUGCACGAGGGAGAGAAAGCUCCUGACUCGCUGGUUUCUAAGAAUGUGAACGGGAAAGACAAUUAUUGCACGGCGCGAUCGCCUGGCGAUGAGGCGGCCGGCCUGGUCCAGCACGACCACGGGAAGAUGUUGGCACCACAGCGGCCUGGCGCGCCCCAUAAUCCCAAGCAGGCGGCCACGGGCGGGCAUGACCAGCACGUUUCGGGGAAAGAGAGUGAGCCGAGCCCCCCAAAGACGAAAGAAGACAAGAGAGAAGGCCACUCAAGCGAAAAGCCGAAGAUGCAAUCCAUCUUGAGACGAACCUGCUCGUCGUCAGCUCCUGAGGAAAGGGACUCUGGGGAAAGCCCAAAGGCGCCAACUGGGAAAGGUGAACAAAUUCAAGGGGGCGAGAGAGAGCUGAGCUGGGGCAAGAGGGCGUGGGAAAUGACACAGCGGCGGAAGGCACAGAUGAAGGAAGAAUUCUUCAAGGUGCCUUACGAGGAAUGCAACAAGGAGGCCGCCCAGAGCCUCGGGGGACGCCUCAACAAGUCCGAACCCAGACUACAUACCCUCGGCAAGGAUAGGAAGAAGAGGAACUCUCUCUCCUACAAGCGGAGGGUUCACUUUGACCUCGACCACGGGGAAGAAGAGGACAGGAAGCCGAGGAGUCGUAGCAAAUCUUUCGAGGCACCUGAUCCGCCCAGGAAAGUAGUGGUUUCAAUUUACUCCAUCGACAAACCCAAGAGCGUCAUCCAGCCAGACGCGUUUUACUACAGUGCGCCAGAUGGACCGGCCCAGGCUGCCAGGGACACUGCCAACGCACGACCACGCAGCGCCCGCCCCACAGACCUCGACAGUUUGCAGCAGAAGGCUCCGACAGACGUGGUCCAGAGACAGCAGAGUCCCAACAGCACCGAGCAGCCCGAUAGCCAGACAGACAGACGAACGCGGCUGGAACCAAACCAGCCCAUCACACCCUCGCCCGCCGCCUCGCAGCCACCCAGCGGAGCGGCGACGCCGGGGAUGGACUCCUCCGUGGCGAGAAGUGGCAGCCUGACAACACCUACGCAUGAAGACUCCUGUAGCACUCCUCUUCGGCCACCCAGGACACGACACGCUCUCCUCUCGCCCCUGCAGAGUAUGGUUAACAACCUUGCCACACCUUGCCCACAACCCCUUUCCUCUCAAACCCCACCUGCCCUCCACGAACAGCCAGCACCCGCCCCCAUCCCCGCCCCGCGGUCACACCCUGCCAAGUCACACUCUCUCCCGAGGCACGCCUGCCCUUCCCCGGCGACACUCUCGAGGGAAGCGCAGCAGGUGUCCUCCCAACCAUCACGCCAGCGCCCGGACCACCUCGAUCUCAACUCUUCAUCAGCGAGGGCGGCCGUCCAUACCUUCACGCCCACCAAGGCCUUCAUACAGCCACACGAUGCCACGCCCGCCCACACGCACUUCACCACGCCAGGAACACAUCUCCCACCACCCACACACGUGCCAACACCUUCCACCCCCGCCACUACACUCACGCCCGCCUCAUCCACAGCACCCAACACGCCUGCCACGCUCUUCACCACUACCACCACACCCACACCCGUCUCAUCCACGGCACCCAACACGCCUGCCACGCCCUUCACCACUACCACCACACCCACACCCGCAGCUUUCCGCGCCCUCAAGUCCCCAAGCACCCCGGCAACACCCCAGACACCGACGCAGUUUACUAACCUCCCCAGCGGCCCUGUCCCCUUGCCACGCAAACGCAUAUCAGUCUCACAGCAGACACCCACGCCCAACACCUCCCCGCUCCACCGCCUGCACACGCCCACCGCGCCUCCCACGCAGUCCACACGCCAUGUCUUGCACCACGCCUCACAAAACAGAGAUCCCGUGACAGCGAAGAAGGUUCCUCCCACCACGACCACAAACAAGUCAGUUCCCCCUCAAGACCAUGACAAAGAAAAUGACUCGGCGAGACAGAAUCAGAAAACGGGUGUGGUAGAAAGGGAGAACUCAGUAAAUAUCCUGAUGACCAAAGGCGAGAGUUACGCCAAGCACAGCAUCGUCAUCAGCAGCCACAAAUCGUCAGCACCACCGCCGUCAGUCACCGUCAGAAAGGUGUUCAUUCCUGUUUCCACGCCCUCCAGGAGCUCCCCGUCCCCCACGCCCUCCUGCGCCUCCUCCAGCUGCUCCUUCGGGUCCUCAGGAAGCUCCUCAGGCUGCUACUCUGGCUCCCCCUCCCCCACGCCCACGCCCUCCCCCACCAGGAUCAGGGCCUCCUGCGCGCCGACGGAUCUGUAAGAUCUCGGCGUGGAGAUGCGAGGCGUCGGGAGGAUGGACGCCUGACCACCUGGAGGAUGACACCACCUGCACUAUCGCUAAGUGAUCGCCGCCAACCCAACCCUGACCCUCGAGGAUGACUUGUGUUGAAGCUUCAGAUUGUACUGUUUGGGCGCGGCGGAGGUUAAGCUGCCACUGAACCCACCUUGUGCGGUUGACGAUGCGGUGCUUGUGGCGCGAUGACGUUCAUUGUUUGAGACAAUCUGAGAGGUGAGAAGACCUCGCCGCGAGGCAUGAAAAGGAUUAGUAAGCUCUUUGGUGGUGUCAAUGUGUGUGUGUAACGAACGCAGGAAAUUGUACUCGAGAAGUGACUCAUCUAGUACGUGGAGUACAAGUGUUUGGGGGUUACCUUUGACAGAAAGAAAAAUACUUGAUAAAGGUGCCUAACCAGAAGGCAGUCGUGAUCAGGUUACCUGCCCGUGUGCCGUGUAACUAAAACUCGUGCCCAGGGGGCGUGGCUGCCACGUAUUGCCCUGCUACACAUGCACACCCGCCCGCGCCUCCACAGGGACACCCACGGCCAGGACAUGUGAUGAUCGACAGACUCCAGGGCGGAUAAGACGACGAGACAUUACAUAGUCUGAUAGUUUUCAUCGCGCCCUCGCGGCGUCUGCGAAGCUCGAGUAUUUACGUAAUAUAAGGAAGGCAAUCCAACGGUGUUGUGUUUGGGUGAGAGAAGCUUUAAUAUAAUCACAGUACUGAGGAAGACUCGCCUCACCACAGCAUUUACUAUGCUAGUCCUGCUUGUGUAGAAUUAGUGAACAAGAGUAAUAUAUUAUAUGCCCAUAGACAACUACAUAUAUGUGUACACGUAAGUCAAGUUACCUAACCAUAGUGUGAGUCAGCGCGUCCGGCGCUUAGAGGGAGCGCAGCCAUCUCGCGAGGCCGUCACGGAGUCACAUAGGGACGCGCCUUCA